GAAAUUUGAGGAACAUCGAAUUUGUGUAACAUCGAAAUGGAAAAACAGAGGGAGAAGGCUAAAUCUGAAGAAAUGGAGAAGCUCUGCCGAAGAUGUAAUCGGUCCUAUCUUCCAUCCUCCAAUUCAUCUUCUUCAUGCCGUUUCCAUCCUUCGUUUUUCGUCUGUCGCCGCCAUGACGACCAGAAGAGGUACUAUGAAUUGGGACCCAACGACCCGCCUUAUGCAGCCAAAUUCUACGACUGCUGUGGGGCUGAGGACGCCGAGGCGUCAGGCUGCACCACCAGCUUCCAUGUUUCUUAUGAUGAAUGAUCAUAACAACAAUAUCUGAAGCUCUUUUUCACUCAGGUCUUGUGCUUCGCACAUUCUGUAGAUAUAAUCUCACCACAUCAUCUGCCAAACAAGGUUCAUCUCAUCCCUUUUAUGAUUAAAGCUUCUGAAUCACUUUGAGUUCUGUGUUGUGUUUGUAGAGAAGACUCAAUGAAACAUAACAUGAUUAGUUUCUGAAGAAUGAGUUCAGACAAAGUUACUGUAGUUUUUCAUUAGAAAACUAUUUCUUGUAAAAAGUUGUUUUUGGUUUCAUUUAUUUUGUCUUACAGUGGCUGUAAAGUGUGUUCUGAUUCUGGGACAGAUAAGAUUAUGUCCGUUUCUCUUGGGACCUUAGGGAGAGAUUAGAGAGAGAGAGUAAAAACAAAUGGGUGGUGAGGGAUUCACGUGUAGGGUUGAACAUUAUGGUAAUGAACUGCAGAAAGAUACGGUGGUU